AUGAAAGUGCUAAGGUUCAAUCAUAUCUUCUUUAGGAGCUUUGUUAGGUUCAAUGGAGCAUCCCAGCUUGUGUUGACCUUCCUUCUGAUUCCAGGUUGCUUGACGUCAGAUUUCAUAGCACCCCCUUUUCUCUCAAAUUAUUCUUUCCUCUGGAUUUGGAAUGCCCCAACUGAAUCUUGUGCUACGAAGUUUAAAGUCCAGGUAGAUCUGAGCCUCUUCUCUUUGAUAGGAACCCCCCAAAAAGAUACCAUAGGACAACCCAUUACAUUAUUUUAUGUUGAUAGACUUGGCUUAUAUCCUUAUAUAGAGAAGAAUGGCACUGAUGUGAAUGGAGGACUCCCCCAGGUGGUUAACUUACAAGAACAUUUGAACAAGGCUAAGAAUGACAUUCCUUAUUACAUACCAAAGGACGACGUGGGCUUGGCUGUCAUAGAUUGGGAAGAAUGGAGGCCUCUCUGGGCAAGAAACUGGAAACCUAAAGAUAUUUACAGGAAUAAAUCUAUUCAGUUGGUUCAGCAACAAAAUUCACAACUUUCUGUCGCAGAAGCCACCAAUUUAGCCAAACAAAAUUUUGAAACAGCAGGAAAAACUAUGAUGUUAGAGACCUUAAAAUUGGGAAAAUCACUUCGGCCAAAACGCUUAUGGGGUUAUUAUCUUUUUCCUGACUGUUACAAUCAUCAUUAUACUAAACCUAAUUACAACGGGAGUUGCUUUUUCAUAGAAAAGAAAAGAAAUGAUGAGCUCGGCUGGUUGUGGAGUCAAAGCACUGCGCUCUUCCCAUCCAUUUAUUUGAAUUCCUACCUAAGGUCUUCUCCAUUAAGUCCACUCUUUGUCCGUAACCGUGUUCAGGAAGCCAUUCGGGUUUCCAAAGCAUCCAAUGCUAAAAGUCCACUUCCGGUUUUUAUAUAUACUCGUCCAGUUUUUACUGACAAAUCUUCGCAAUACCUUGGUCAGGAUGAUCUUGUGAAUACACUUGGUGAAACUGUUGCUCUAGGUGUCUCUGGAAUUAUAAUGUGGGGAAGCCUCAAUUUAAGUCAAAAUUUGGAGUCCUGCAACAAACUACAAAAUUACGUAAAGACUACACUUAAUCCUUACAUAAUCAAUAUCACCCUAGCAGCCAAAAUGUGUAGCCAAGUGUUUUGCCAAGAGCAAGGAUUGUGUGUAAGGAAAAAUUGGAAUUCGCUUGACUAUCUUCACCUUAACGCAAUGAGUUUGGCUAUUGAAACUGAGCAAAAUGGAAAAUUCAAAAUAAAAGGGAAACCCACACUUGAAGACUUGAAGGAAUUUUCUGAAAAAUUUCAUUGCAGAUGUUAUGUCAACACCAGCUGUGCGAAGGAAGUUAAUUUAAAAGGCACUCAUACUAUUAAUGUAUGUGCUUUUGAAGGUGUUUGUAUUAAUGCCACUUUAAAGUCAGAAAAUGAAAUAUUCCAUUCAAACCUCCCUCAGAUGCACUUCCAUGGACUUCAGGACAGUAUCUUCAACCAAACCCCAGUCCAGUGUGAUGUUGACAACGAUGGAUGUGAGCCCAACGGCGGGAGAUCCACUUUCCUGGUGGCCAUAGAAAAGGCCUCAUGGGGACCCAAUGAGAUAAUACUGGAGCUGAAACUUGAAGACUGA